UUACAUGUUGACAUUUUUCACACUUCGAAACUUUUCAGAAAAAGCUCUUAUUGCAUUUCCCGUAACAAUUCAGUUACAAGUGGUUUCCCCCCUAUUUUGACCCGCUCAUUCUGCAUGUUGCCAAGUCUGAAAAGAUCCGGAAGAUAGAUAUUCAAGAUGGCGUCCAAUAUGGCGAUUUUUGGACCACCCUGGCGUGCCUACUCUCCGUCUAGAAUGACCGAUUUAUACAGCUCUGCACCCACGUUUUUUGGGUAAACGAACAAGAUGGAAGGGUCAAAAAUGAGGUCGGAUUUGAAAAACCGCGACUUCUCAUAUGUUGGCCAAAAUGGUGCCAAAAAUUCCGUCUUUUCUGGUAUUUCGAGUUAAAUGGAAAAAAAUGGCGCCAAAUAUUUGAAUUGUUCUCGGUGAAACUACAUAGUUUCCCUAACUUUUUUCAGAUUGCUCUUACAUGUAAGUUUCUUAUUUGCUGGCGUAGGUUUUUGGGGUCGAGGAGAGCGAUAUUUAUUCUUUAUUCUUAAUUUCUUUUUACUUUCUGUAGAGCAGAAUUUGAAUCUGACCGUGUAACUAAUUAAAGAUUGAAUUUUGUUGAUAGUGUAUGUAUUGAAAAUUGUGCGAUUAUUUUAUUAACCAUCCUUACUAUUGUUUUCACCAUUCCGCAGUUAUUUUCACCGACCAGCAUUCAAUUUUGAAGAAAUUGGACCAGGAAUAUAUCAAGUAAAAUAAAUUUAGGAAAGCCCAGCUGUAAAAACCAAAGAAUAGCACGGUGGAAAUUCGAAUCGAGACGAUAACCGCUUCAUUCAUCUGAGAUCAGAGCCCCGAAAGGACGGUGAGUGUGGCAGAAACGACUCCGGCCGAUCUGCAAAUGUCCGACAGUAGUUCCGAAUGUCCAGACGAACUUUACAAUCUAACGAAAUUAGCCGAAGUAAGUUUAGCAGCGGCGGCCGGCCAGAUCUUGGAUCAUCCACAUCUCUCCGCAACUCCGAGCAAGAAAGAAGACGAGUAUUCCUACACAUACACUCACAAGCUGUUUGACAAAUCAACCAAAUCACUGCGACCUCACUUGCUUAAGAAUGAAGACCCACCGAGACAAGUUGAGCCCCAAAAUGGUGCGUCAGAGGUGUUUGGGCCGAGUAAAGGGUCAGAUCCAUACCAGCACGACCAUCACGAGCAUGAAUGCUCUGAUUGUGGUAAGCGCUACAGUACAUCCAGCAAUUUGGCGCGUCAUCGCCAGACCCAUCGCAGCCCCGCCGAUAAAAAGGCGCGAAGAUGUCCACAUUGUGAUAAACUCUACGUCAGUAUGCCCGCAUUCUCCAUGCACGUCCGAACGCACAACCAAGGCUGCAAGUGUCACUUCUGCGGCAAAUGCUUCUCCCGCCCCUGGCUGUUACAGGGGCACAUCCGGACUCACACCGGCGAAAAACCGUUCAAAUGCACGAUCUGCGGGAAAGCGUUCGCCGAUAAGUCCAACCUCCGCGCCCACGUCCAGACACACUCCAACACCAAGCCGCACAUUUGCGGACGGUGCGGCAAGGCGUUCGCGCUCAAGUCCUACCUGUACAAGCACGAGGAGUCGUCCUGCAUGCGGAUAAACGGGCGACAAUCGUCGAGGGAGACCUCGCCCGAUAAAAACCUCGCCUCCCCAACCCCGGUGAUAGUAUCGGCCUCAUCCAGACCACCCGAAUCCGUAAUUAGAAGCCCUGAUCGGCCAUUCAACAGCCCCGAUCGUCCCGUCAGAUCGCCAAUGCUGUACAGAUCAACCGUCAUAUCUCCAAACCCGGAACGCCUCCUUUACUCCACAUUCGAACACCCCUCCGUCAUACUGAACGCUAGCCGAUUUGGCGCCACUCUCAAAAUCAACUCCCUCAUGCAGGACCAGCCGAUGGACUUCUCCUCGACGGGACGGGAUCCUUUCAAUCAGGCCAGUGAGCACACGACCGGCUAUGCCAUUGGUCUGGCAAUCACAGUAUAAAUCUAACCUUUUCGUAUUCCAAGGGACCACUCGGGAACCAAUUUUGCGUCCAAAUGUAUUUUCGUGUGCCUUUUGUCUGUGCCAUAAUUUUAGUCGAUUAGAUUUUAAGCGCGAGCAGUCGUAAUGGUGCUAUUCGCCCUCAAAGGCAGCCGUAGAAUAAUGCGAAAUGUAGGAUUAGAUAUGGCUAUGGUAUCCUAAAAAUACUAUUAGCCGAUAAGACCAGGGUUAUUAUUUUUAGUUGUCAGCAAAUUAAUUUAAGUUAGUUUUAUUGUUUUGUUUUUAAGCAGAGGUUUGAUCAGUGAGUCGAUAACGUCCUUUGUUUAUUAUACUUGACGAGAGUGUAACUAGUCGAAAAUACAUUUCACAGAACAAGGUUUUUAGUGAAAUGUAUAAAUAGGAAAAUUUUCCGUUUUUCUUUUUCUUUUUUUUUACUAACUGCGAGUCACUAACAAAUUUAGGUUUUGCUUUCAUUUGUUCUCAUUAAUGUAUCGGCUAAUGAUAUAAAGCGUCCUAGUCAUUAUUUAUUGUUAAUAUUAUUUAUUUACCUAGUACUUAAUACGUUUCGUGUACCUAUAAGCAAUUAAGGCCGAGAGAUGCAAUACCUGUAGUUGUAGUUGUGUGGACUUACGUGCUAAUUUGUAGUUUAUUGUAUGUGUACUACAUUUGAGUUCAUUCCCUAUACAUAAUCGAAUUCUUUUAGGCUUAUUCAUUCCCGUGUAUAAAUGAUCUGUCAGUGUUUAACUAAGUGCCUGUUUCACAUUUAAUUUUUAUAUAUAGGAAUGGUUCAUUUAUAAAUGCAAUUAGGUUUAUAUUCUCAAUUUUGUAGAAUUUGUGACUUGUACUUUUAUAUUAAAAUGAUUACAAACGGA